AUGGGGGAAGGGAGGGAGGAAACAGCCCACCCGACUCUCUCUUCUAUAAAGACCUGUAGACAACCUGACGGUAACGCAAAAACUAAAGGUGUGAAGCAUGUUACGAAAGUGAAUAAGAGAAUUAAAAGGGAAAUCGAAGAUGUAUCAGAACCCAAAGUGCGGCAAAGGAGCGUUGAGCUAUCCAGGCACUUGAUCAACGUUAGAGAAAUUCUGACAUGGUCGAACGCGACACCCAUACGUAGUCACACGGAUAUCGGCUACCUUUGCUGCUAUUGUAACGAUUACUUCAUAGACCCGGCUGAUUUGAAACGGCACACGUUAGAAAAUCACGAGGGUAUCAACAAUUCAAGUUUCACGAAACGUAGGGACCUAAACGCGUUCUACGUCAAAGUUGACAUCACCGGACUUAGCUGUAGACUGUGUAAUGGAGAGUUCGAUACUAUAGAAACUCUAAUAAUCCAUCUCAAAGAUGUACAUAAGAAGAGAUUGUUCACGGAUAUCAAGAAUCAUUUGAUAUCGUUUAAGUUUGAGAACGACGUUUUGAAAUGUUUUAUAUGCUCGUCGAAAUUUUCCAGAUUUAAAGGAUUACUUGAGCAUAUGAACUUGCAUUGCAGGAAUUUCGUUUGUAACAUAUGCGACGCGGGUUUUGUGAAUCGUAAACGACUUAUCGUUCACCAGGAGAAGCACAAGACAGGGAUUUUUCAAUGCGAGAUCUGUUUGGAGGAAUUCUCGACUCUGCCCAAGAAGAAGCUGCAUAUAAAAUCAAUUCACAAACCCGUCAAGUUUCGGAAUAAGUGCGGUUAUUGUAACGAAACUUUCAAAGAUUACCAUCAGAAGUUAAAACAUUUAACCGUUGUCCACCAAGUCGAACAGCACGCUUACAAGUGCGAAGCUUGCGAUCGGGUAUACCGUACUCGGAAAUCUUUUCGAGUUCACAUCCAAAGGGAUCAUUUGUUACAAAGGCCUCAUCAUUGCAGCGAAUGCGAUAAGACCUUUUAUUCCGGUUCCGCGUUAAAAUGCCACAUGCUGAAACACACUGGUUUGAGAGAAUUCCAGUGCGAUGUUUGUCUAAAAUCGUAUGGGCGUAAGUCUACAUUGCGUGAUCAUAUGCGCAUACAUGCGGAUGAUAGGAGAUUUAAAUGCGAGCAUUGUGGUCAGGCCUUCGUGCAGAAGUGUAGCUGGCGUGGUCAUAUGCGAGCGAAGCAUGGAGAAGAAGUUUGAAUUGUAAAUAUUAAGCUUAUUUAUUUUGUUACAAAAUUGAUGAAAAAAAAUCUUGUUGUGACUUGUUUAGUUAUACAGUUAUUAUGUAAUAAGUUAUUGAAAUACACUUUCGUAGAAAUAAAGACUAGAUUCAUUAAAAGUUAA